UUAGACUCACUGCAUCUUUCAUCAUCACCCUUCGUGCUGUGGCUUUUAUAGAUGAGGUUGUCUGCUGUCUCUCAGUAUAACCGGCCAUCCAUCACCUGUGUUUGCUUCACUGGCCUUUAAAUCAAAACUUUGUCAUGAGCCGUCUGUGCAAGACAGAAAAAGAUUGGUUUGGUGAAGUUUAUCUUUACUUCAACUUGGACUGAACAUCACACAGACUUUCAUCUUUGAAUGACCUGGGGGGGGGAAAAAAGACAAAAUGAAAGCCUCAAAGCGUGUUAAAAGUGUUUUAAGUUGAGGAGCACACUCCUCACAUCUUCUUUCACCGGAGGGUUCACCCACCGGCCUGGCUUAAAGUAUAAAAAGAUCACUAAGUUUCUGUAAUUUAACAGAUGAAAAAAACACAUUUAUUGCAGGGUAUUUAAUUUGUUUAGGGGAUUAGAGAAGAGAGAUAUUAAUUAAGCCUAUGCUCAUGGAUGAUGAUGAAGAAGUAUAGAAAUAUAAAAGACGAGAGAAAGAGAGAAAUAUUUUGACAAUACACAGUUUCAGAGUAAAUUAAAAGGUGCAAAUAUAGCUCUCUUUAAAUAUAUGAAUUGCAGCUAUACAAGCUGUUUGCUGCACAUUUAUUGAUGUAAGAAAGACAAAAUACAAUCAUGUUAAAAAUGAUAAAUUAAUUAAAAUGUCUAUUCGAUUUAUUGAUGGCGAGGGGUUUUAAACUGUUAUGAGACACAUCAAGUUACAAACUAAUAAUCCAUUACAAUAAUUAAAGCAUUUUAAAAUUAGAUAAAGGGAAAACAUGUCUUUUAAUUAAAAUGUAGCCUCUAAUAAUACAUUGCUAUUAUUGCUUAUUGAUUAAUAAAGUGUGACACAACUCUAAAUUACAGAGACAGAGUUCAGGAGAGCAGUUGAACUUAUGCACCAUGUCCUGACCCAGAUCCCAUUCCUGGCACUAAUGACGCCCUAUAGGCAUGACGCCAGGCUCUCAUUAGGAACCAGGCCUCAAACCCCCAACUCCUCUUCGUUAAAUACCUGCAACCCUCAGCCUGUCCACACCGCGCCUGUAGCCGGCCUUCGAGGGGCCAGGCCCUAAGCUCAAGCAGGCCUGUUAGUGUUGUGAGGACCGCCUGCACAGGUGCUUAGUCCCCCGUGAUGGCCCCGUUUGCACCCCAGCCCUGGACCCUGCUAGCGCCUAUGGUGCUGCACUGGAACUAAUGAGUAGUGGCAGGUACAAUGAGAACAGAGCAGUGUGGGCCUCCCUGCAGUUAGGCUAGUGGCAACCCUUAGCUUAGGCAGACAACAAAUGUGCUCUCCUUAUGCACGUGUGCAUAAUGAUAUAUACUGUUCAGUGCACACAUGACUUUAUCUCGGAUAUUUCGAUUUCUUGCAAGCUGUCUCCUGUUUUGUAUACAUAUACAUCAAAUAUGAAAUCUGUCAAUUUGUUGUUUCUAAUCUGUUGAUGUUUUGCUGUUUUCAAAAAGUAUCACCUUUAUUCAUACAGAACUGUCUUGUGUAUUCACAGGUACCAUAAAUGCUCUUUUUCAUCUACCUUACCAAACUGAGGAAAAAACAAUGAAAUGAACCUUGGCACAAAAGAUAUCAAAUCUAAAAAUAUAUCUUAAAUUAUCAUCAUUUAAAUACAACCACACAAUCUUGAUAAAUAUAAAGACUCAACCAUGUCCAAGGACGAUGCUUGUAAAGUGACGUCUGCCAGCAAACACAAGGAGCGCAAGCCUAAGAAGCCUCACUAUAUUCCCCGGCCAUGGGGCAAACCCUACAACUACAAAUGCUUCCAGUGCCCCUUUACCUGCAUGGAGAAGUCCCACCUGUACAACCAUAUGAAGUACAGCCUGUGCAAGAACUCCCUUUCUCUGCUAAUAGAGUCAGACUGGCCGUAUAAAAAGGGCAACAUCCUGCACCCAGAACAGCUUCGACCCUUUCAGCAGGCACAUGGCCAUCAAGCUACCGGGAAAGAUGAACUCGAGCAGGUGACACGGACUGAGGAGGGACAAAGGCAACGAAGGGCCGUUGAGGAGGAAGGUGAAGACAGGGAAAGCCAGGGACCAAAAGAUGAAGAAGAGGGAGGACGAGGAGAGGGACCAGAUGUCACUGGGCUAACAAAAGAGAGCUCCAGUGACCGCAACAGAGGAGACGCUACCAGGAAAAUGAAACAGCCAGAUUCAGAGCUUCUGAUGGCUGACAUGCUCUCCCUGGAAGAUCAGCUUUUACGAGCACGCUCGGUAGAAGUAGAGGCCCAGCUGAAACACUACAAACUAUCUAAGACAUAUCUGACAGCUCCUAGUCUGCUGUCGGAGCAGUGGCGGCUGCUGGCGUCCAGCCACUCUAAGGCCAAAGCUGAAGGUGCUCAGCCCCGAGUGAGUAGUACAAUCCCCUGUUACCCUCCUCCGCCAAACCUGGUGGAUUACCAGGAUCCCACUGGACUCAACCUGUCAUUGCUCGGGGUGGGCUACCCCAUCAGCCCCAGCCUCUUCUCCUACAUGAACUCAGCUAUGCCCACUGCUGCCGCGGGUGUCACCGCCCAGACCCACGCGCAGCUUGCCCAGUUUCCCUUCCUUGCGUCGGCCGCUCAGCUGAUGCACCCAGCCUCCAGCACCCACACAGACAGAGCUCUUAUCCCCCCUCGCCUGUACUACCCCUUUCUGUGUGAGCAUACGUUCGGACCGGCCUCCAGUCAGAGUGAUGCCAGCAAAGCGCUCAAGACGUCCACAAACAGUCUAGAAGUGAAUCCUCUGUCUGGCUUCCAGCCUAAAGUCAAUCUGUGGAAAGUGCCUGCUUUGCGGCCAGGGACUGCCGCAGUCUCCCCUGCUGGCUGGGUGUCACCUCAGAGAGACUCCCCCGAACAGGGCUACAGGGUGGGGGAUAAAAUGCAGGCUAUAGCCAAGGAAGGCAAAGCAAGCUGGGGCCUCAAGAGGACAGGUGCCCCACUGGGGAACCAUGAGGCACCUGUGGAGAAGAAGCCGGCCAUGGGAGGAUUCAGUUUGGACCUUUUGAAGAAUAUUCAGACAUCAACUCUUAAUAUGGCAGCGGAAAAACUUCUCUUUCAUGGAAGCUUACAGGAUGCUCAGCUUCAGACCCGGCCCACGGAACUGUGGUACAACGACCCUCUCACCAGCCCCAACAGUGAAACCUCCUCUCUUUCUAACAACAGCCAUGACCCGACUGCUGCCCGAGCAAUGGGGGAGGGAACUUCAGAGUCAGUGGCUGCUCUCCUCAGUGACCUCUCCAAGGCCUUGCAUGAGUAUCAGGAGGCUGAGUGCAAAAUCUCCCACCUGGAGAAGGAAGACCUUCCCGCCCAGCGCCACCUCUGGGAACACCUGGGCAAAAUCCGCAGUGAGCUCUCCCACAUCCACCAGGCGCUGGAGCGGACGUCUCGCCAGUGCGACGGGCCUCUCGACCUGUCGCUUAAAAGGGACUCGACAGAUUUGCUUGGUGACCGCGGCAUGAGAGAGGACGGCAGCCUUAAAGACAACACAACAGAGACAGAGGAGGAGGACGAGGAACUGGAGGAGAAAAAGGAGGAAGAAGAGAAUGAGGGCGAGAGAAAUGCAAUGAAGGCUUCGUUGGAGAGUCGAAAGCAGUCGUUGGACAUGCUGAUCAAGAUGAGUCAGGCAUCGGUGGUGAACACAGAGGUUCUCUCUACCGGCGGUCUCGGCAUGAGGCCCAGUUCUGCUGAGGCCUCAUGGCCGAGCAGGACCACCAAGUGUGAGGCAGACUCCAGCGUCCUGCUUUGCGCAGACGGCCGAUCAGUGGUUUUCACCGACAUCCCUUCCUCCGCCAAAACCCCAAAGAGACCCCCGUCCAUGCAGCGACUAGAGGCCCAGUGUCCCCCGAGCCCUUUGACAGCUACCGACAAUUAAACUUCUACUCAUCUGACUGUAAUAUAACUGACUCCAUACAUUCGUUAUUACUGGCAUGCCAUGGAUUUGCACUGGCCGGAGGAGGACUGUCACUCUUACCCUCAGUUUAACUUCGCAACAACCUCAAACAUUUUGCACCUUUCAUAAGACAAACAGGGAAUGAAUGACAAAAAAAGUCUUACAAAUGCACUAUGUACCUUGAUUGUUACAAGAUUCUCCUAAAAAAAUAUUUUAAAAUGUAACAUCAGCACUUAACAGUAACUUCCAUAAGGAUAAUUUAAGUUAAGUCCAUUGAAAUCAUGUUGAGAGACAAACCUUUGAAUGGAUUUGUAAAUAUUGUAAUUAUAAUAAAUGUAAGUAAAACGUUUUGAAGGGUAAAUGGUUUUAUAUGGAUGAUGUCAUGUUGGACGGCAUCAUUUCACUUGACAAUAAAUUGCAUUAUACACACUGUAUUUCUCUGAAUAAACUGAGUAAAAAACAAGAGACUGUUUUAUGACCAAUAAAUGGGAACAAACAAAUUUUUUUUUUUUUGCUGUUCAGUCCUAUUAUGAAAAGCCAGGAGGCAAAAUGUCAUCAUCACUAUCAUUUAAAGUCUAAAUUGGAGACAAACAGACUCAUAGUGGCAGCACCACCUGACUCUCCUGUAUCUGUCCUGACACGUUCGGGUGGAUGUGCUAAAGGUGAAGCAGCUCCUUAAGCUAAAUUGCCAUCAGCGGGGUCACCUGUGCCUCUCCUCGUGGAUCAAGUAGCCCUCCUGCAAAGGUCAGGGCUCCACUUGGACUAUAUGGAGGACUACCUGUCGCCCCCAGGAUGGGCACUGAGUGCUGGGCCGCCCCACGUCCGCUGGCCCCUUCACCACAGUCACAGUCAAGACACAGCAGCAAAGGUCAGCUGCCUUGACCAGAAGAGCCCACAGUGGAUGCCCGGACUGGAUAUGUUCUAUAUAAACAAUUCGGUUAUUCAAGCAAAUAUAUGCAAAUAAUUUAAAUUU